AUGGUUACUCUCUUCAAUGAUUUGCCUGAUCUAUCAUUGAUAGAAAUAUUUUCUUAUUUAUCUUGUGUAGAUGCUUUAUGGUGUUUCAAUAAUCUCAAUAUUCGUCUAACAAGAUUAUUAAUUGAACGAGGUUUUUAUAAUCAUGUUAAUUUAUCAUCUAUGCCAUAUCAUCGAUUCAAAAAAUUCUUAUCAUUACUUCAAUUCAAUGAAAUCGAAUCACUUAUCAUUGAUUGUUAUUCAUCCCCUCUUCAGCUAAGAUGUUGGCCUUAUUUACCACAUUUAAGAAUAUUAAAAGUAAAGGGUGUACGAGAUGUAAUUGAUGUUUUUAAUUUUGCACAACGACAUUCCACCACAUUAACUCACUUAGGAGUUGAAUCAAGCGAGUAUUUUGAAACACGUGGUUUAAGCAGAAAAUUAUGUUAUCCAUCAUGGAAUUUAUGUGAAUUUAUCACUAAAAUUCUUAAUCAUCUGUCUGCUCUUCGUUCACUUGAUUUCGGAAUGGAAUCAUCUUUUUUCUUACAUCAUUGGCCUUUUAAAACAAUACAAGUGCCUUUAGUUUAUUUGGCUAUUACAUUGAAUAUAACGCGCACUUUGUUAGAUAUAAUGUCGACUGAACCAUUGUCACAUACAUUAGAAGAAUUACACGUUAAACUACUUGAUGAAUCUUAUCUUAUAAAUAGUUUAGGUGCUAUACGUCUUUUACCCCGAAUGAAAGCUUUACAUACAUUUAGUUUUGUUAAAUCAUCGAAUUGGCAUUCGAUUGUUGAAUGGACAUUUGUUAAUCUAUUAACUUCUUCUAAUAUUAUGCCUGUUUUACGACGAAUGAAUUUUUCUCUUGUUAUUAGUGUUGAUGAUCUUAUUCGAAUGAGAAAUUCAGCACUUUUUACAGAUUUUCGUCAUAUUGAUGUUCAUUAUGCAUUUAUUAUCGAUGAUGAUCGUCCACAUAUAGAACUUCUUAAUUAUGUACCGCUUGGUAGUCAAUCUCAUCCUCGUCAAAUGGCUAGUGCAACAUUUAUUUCUGAUUGUUGGCCUGAUAAUCAACCAUCUAGAACUCCAAGACAAACUUAUUUGACGAAAUCGAAAAAUCGACAACAUCUAUUCUACAGUUUACCAUGGAUUUUUAAUGAAUUUUUUCAAUUAAGUGUUCCAGAUAGAUGUAUUAGUGAAUUAGAAGUGUUUAUAUCUUCUUCUUCAAUUACUAAAAUUCAUUCGUCUCAUUUAAUUAAAUUAAAUAUGUCAGACAAUCUUGCAUCAUCUACAAGUUUCUUCUCUCAAAUAAUGUCUUCAAAUAAGAUAGUGGAACUUCAUUUAUAUCGAUGUAAUAGACAAGUGUCUAUGAAUUUACCGAAUGUUUCUCAUCUUAUUCUUAUUGAUAGUUUGGAUUCAUUGAAUAGUACUUCACUUUCAUUAAAUAUUCGGUCUAUUCAAAUCAUUCUUCAUUAUGAAUGUCUUAGUUUUGCAGCUGGUGAUUGGACUGCUUUACAUUCACUCUCAACUUUACCAUUGUUGAACUCUUUACGUAUAAUUUUAUAUAGUAUGCGUAUUCCUCCAGAUGAUACAAAUUGUCAAAUUAUUGCGAACAUAACACCAAAGUUAUUGGAUUUCUCUUUUUGUUUUCGACGUAUUUAUUGUCAAAAUUCGUAUGAUAUUGAUGCAGCAUACAAGAAACAUUGUUUAUUCAUCAAACAAUUACGAAAUUGUAUUCUUAAUUUAUCAUUAAAUAAACAAGCAUAUGUUUUUGUUGAAAAAGAUGGUUGUGGACUUGUUAUAUGUUUGACGAUAAUUCGUUGUAAUCCAUAUGAACGUCAUAUACUACGUGAUAAAACAAUAGAAGCAAUUGGAUAUAUUAAAUGUUCAAAUAGGAAUUUAUUUUUACCAGAUAAUCAUAUUGAAUAUAUAACAUUACUGGAAUGGCUUUAUACAUCUAUAAAAUGUAAUAAGAAAACUAACAUCACAAAAGAGAAAACUUAUUUUGAGAUAAAACAUAAAGCUAAAAAAGCAUUUAAAAACAAUCCAUUAGAAUUAAUACGUGUUGGAUCAACAGGUUCAAGUAAAUUACAUUGGAAUGAAAAAGAUUUUCAAUUAUAUUUUGAACAUCCACCAAGAAAAUUAUCACUAAUUAAUACUGAACAGCAAGGCGAAAGUUUUUCAACAGAUGUCUAUUCGUUCAAACAACGACCUAUUCUUUGUCGUGAAAGACAUUUUUUAUCGGAACAACCAUGUUCUAAUAAUAAGCAACAUCAAAAUUUCUCAUAUGUUUGUUAUUAUAAAAUUGGCGUUGCAGAACCACCAACAAUAGCUGAAAUGGAAAAGGAAAUAAAAACAUUACCAAAUGCUAUUGAUCUUGAUGAGAAUUCAAUAGUAGAUCUUUAUAUAAAUAAAACAAUAAAAAAAGAUUCAUCAUGGAGUUUGUUUUUAAUGAUCAGUAUUUUUAUUAUCAUAUGUGUUAUCAGUGGCAUUAGUAUAUAUUUUUAUUAUUGUCAAUCUGAGAAAGAUGAACAAAAUGACAACAUUAUACGUAUCAAUAGUAAUACAUCGAUUAAAUCGAAUAUCUCAUAG